AUACAAAGGCAAGAGUUACCGUGCAGUGGUAGAGAUUUGUAAGACUACAGAACAAAUUGAGGAAUUCUGUCGCCAAGUGUGUAUCAAGCUGGAGUGCUGCCCAAACCUCUUCAGCCCCCACUAUGUAGACGAGAACUGCCCAGAACACUGCUCUCAGCUCACCAAGACCAAAUACACAUAUUAUUAUGGCAAGAAGAAGAAAAGGAAGAUAGGACGGCCACCAGGGGGACACACAAAUCUGGAAAAUGGGCCCAAAAAACCUGGGAAACGUCGCAAGAGGAAGAAGGUGAACCUGAUGGCCAAGAAGAAAUCUGUAAUUUCAGAAAACGGGGAUGAUUUAGACAUGAACGGAGAAGGGGAAGAGGAGGAGGUAUUUGAAGCAGAUAAUCAAAGCGUAGUUAGCAAAGAAUCAGAAGACAGUGUUGAACGAGAGAGACAGGUGUACUCUAGACAAACCUCGAGGCAAAUUUCCAGGGAUCCCGAUUUUAAACCUUUGCGUCAAAAACGCAAAUAUACACAUUAUGUGGCACCACCUACAGACAUUCGCACCAGAGGCGUGAAACUGCCAAAAUAUACUUUUGAAAAGAGGACUCAUAAGAAAAUAUUGUGGUCGGAGAUGUUUGAUGGAGAUGAGGACGUAGAAGAAGAAGUCCCACAAGAGGAGGUGAGGAAGAAACGAGGAAGGAAGUCGAAGAAAGAUCUGGAAACAGAAAUGGUGGCAUCCACACUUCCAUCUCAGAAGGAGAAACCCUACUAUUCUAUCAAGCCCUCUGAGAGACUAUACCUGGAAUCUAACCCUCUCCACUGGAGUGUGGCCAAUGUCAUACAGUUCAUUAAAACCACAGACUGUGCACACCUUGCCAGGGCUUUCAAAGAACAAGACAUAGAUGGUCAAGCACUGCUGUUGCUGAGCCUGCCAACACUCCAGGAACACAUGGAACUAAAACUGGGACCUGCAAUCAAACUGUGUCACCAUAUAGAGAGGGUCAAACUGGCUUUCUUUGAACAAUUUGUAUAGGAAUCAUCCACUGUCUUUAGUAAUUUGAGGGGUCGGUUAUGAUAAGUUGAAAGUUAUACCUUAAUCAUGGAUUUCUGAAUUAUGAAAAAUGCUUGUCACUUGUUGAAAGAAAUUGAGAAACAUAAUAAGAAUGGUUGGUUAUAAUGAGAUGAAGGUUAUACCUUAAUCAUGGAUUUCUGAAUUAUGAAAAAUGCUUGUCACUUGUUGAAAGAAAUUGAGAAACAUAAUAAGGUUGAGUAGUAACAAUUUAUUUUCAGAAGUGCUUGCAGCUAGUUCAUAUACCAGGCUAAGCCUUGUUGACAAAGUCAUAUAAUCAUGGAUUUAUGAAUUAAAAAUAUGAGGAAAAAGUCAAGAAUUGCAAGUUAAAAUGUAAAUCAAUAGGCUUAUUAUUUAGAAGCAAUUUUAAAUAGCGGUAAUAUGUGCUCAAACUGUUCAACCUUGUAUGACUAUGAUAUAAUGAUUUUUUAAAGAUAUUUUUGUUGGACUUCAUGGAGGUUGCUUAACACAGGGUUCAAGACAAUCCAACUCUCAGGCUAGAAAUGACCUCGUAAUUUGCAAAAUGUCUCUUCGAAAUUUUUUGCCAAAGUCACUUUCCUGAUUGAGAGGUUACUUUUUAAAAACAUUGAAAAAUGAUUCUAUCUAAAUUUCUAUUAAAAUGCCACCAUGACAGAAGUUUUUGGUAGUUUUUAAAGGGGAAUUUUAUGUCCAUGCAUUUUUGAUUUUGUUAAUCAAGUUCGUAAUUGCCCACUUAAUGUGCAAUGUAUACAUGAAAAUUCCAUUUUACUAUGCCAUUGUUGAUGUUGAAAAGAUUAAAAAAAUUGCUGAGAAAACAUUUUAAAGGUUUUUCAUCCAAAUUCAUUCAGCAGUUUCUGAAUUACCAUUACUCCAUUAUGAUUUGGUUUUAUCAGAUUCAGAACUUCUGAUGGAUUCUGAUUGAUGGAAGUUAAGUGUAGAUAAAAACUUCGAAAAGAUGCUCCAUGUAGCAUAUAUUUUAUACCAGACAAUGACCGUUUAUUUCACACAACCAGUGAUGAAUAAGGACACGGUAAACAUUUUUCUUUAUUUUAAGCCAGGGGAUAUAAACUUUUAUUAACAUUUGGUGAAAAAUAUAAUUGUAUUCUGAUACUAGUCUAUCCAGUCUAUUGAUGUUGGUGCCAGAUAUCAGUAAUGAACUGCGACCAAUUGGUUUAGCAGCAGGCUUCACUCUUAGUUGUGUUCACAUCUGGUUUCACAAAGACCAAUUGGGUAAAAAAAUGGCUGCCAGACAAACUACAGAGUCUGACAGCAAACCAUAUGACAUUAACCAGUUAAUAUGAUAUUUACUAACUAAUAAAAAUCUCCAGUGUUCAGAUGGACUGGUACGGCUAUGGUAGGAGGUUUUAGUCUGUCGUUUAUUUUGAUCAUUUUGUUGGUUUGUCUAGUUGCAGGAAAGUUUAACCUGAUGUGAAUUUUC